AUGAAGGCCCUGCUCCUGACCUUCGGCCUCAGCCUCUUGGCUGCCCUGCAGGGCCAGGCCUUCCCCACCGUGGAUGAGACCCAGAAUGUGUCAGGAACAUGGUAUUUGAAAGCUACAGCAUGGGACAAGGAGAUUCCUGACAAGAGGCUUGGGUCUGUGCCUGUGACUCCCAUGAACAUCAAGACCCUGGAAGGGGGCAACCUGGAAGUGAAGUUCACUGUCCUGAUUGCAGGACGGUGCCAGGAGAUAACCACUCUCCUAGAGAAGACAGAUGAACCUGGCAAAUACACAGCCCAUGUGGGCAUGCGUGUCCUCCUCUUCAUCAUCCCAUCUGCAGUGGAGGACCACUACAUCUUCUACUAUGAGGGCAAAGUGUUCAAACAUCGUAUCCGAGUGGCAAAACUCCUGGGCAGAGACCCUGAAAUCAACCAGGAGGCCCUGGAAGAUUUUCAGAAUGCAGUAAGAGCUGGAGGCCUCAACCCUGAUAACAUCUUCAUCCCCAAGCAGAGCGAAACCUGCCCUCUGGGAAGCGACUAG